AUGCGAGGUGGUAAUUCCAAAUUCUCCAACUUGCAAGGAAUUCGUGACUUGGCAAAGGCAUUAGUUGAGGCAAAUCUUGUGGAGACUUAUUCACUUGUUUAUUUACUUGUGAAGUUGGCUCUAAUUUUAUUCGUUGCUACGACAACUGUGGAAAGAGCAUUCUCUUCCAUGAAGAACAUAAAAAAUGAAGUGCGAAAUAGUAUUGGUGAUCAAUAUUUAAAUGAUUUUUUAAUAUGCUACAAAGAGUGUGAUGUAUUUGCAAAUGUAAGUAAUGAUGCCAUCGUUGAUCGUUUUCAGAAUAUGAAAACUCGUCGUGGACAAUUGUAA